GCCACAGCUGUCACCCUUCGUCACGGCCCUGUGGGGUCGGGGCCACCCCACUCCCCAGCCCAGUGUGCUAGGCCAGCCCUGGUCAUCUCUAAGAAUAAAUGAUUGGGCCAGGGCCUUCUGCCUGGGCCUGAAUCAUCCCAAGAGCUGGAGCCGGAAAAAGUGUCGGACGCUGACUUCACGUGGGGCGGCGGGCUAUAUAUAAGCCGCAGCGGGAAGCGGCUCCCACCGCGACCGGGACCGACCCGAACGGAGAGAGGCACACGGACUGAGAGCUGCAGCUAUGUCACAGGAAGCUCCAAUCAAGAAGAAGCGCCCCCCUGUGAAGGAGGAGGAUCUCAAGGGGGCCAGAGGCAAUCUCUCCAAGAACCAGGAGAUCAAAUCCAAAACAUACCAAGUCAUGCGGGAGUGUGAACAAGCUGGCUCAACUGCCCCAUCCGUGUUCAGCGGGGCCCGGACGGGCGGGGAGACCGUCUUCGAGAAACCUAAGGCUGGGCCCCCCAAGAGCGUCUUUGGCUGAUGGACAACCCACCCCUUGUCCCCUCCCUCCCUUCCCCGUCCCCCACUUUUCCACCCUAUAAGCCGAGAUGACUUUUUAAGAAAACUUUUUAUACACAAGAUUUCUCCCUCCCGUGCCAUCCGCAGGCCUCUGGUCUGGCUCUGGAGAGAUUGGCUCCCCUCCCUUUCCCUGUUUGGCGUGAGCUGCUCCGAGAUGAGAGCAUUGUAUAGCGCAGGUUUGAAUCGCUAAUAAAUUGGAUACUUAAGUGCCUG